CGUAAGGUGUUUGAUAGAAUGGUUGAAAGAGAUAUUGCUUCCUGGACAUCGAUGAUAUGUGGGUCCUGCAAUAUGGGAAAGGUGGAUAUAGCAUUUGAUCUGUUCCAGAGAAUGAAAUUGGAAGGAUUGUGCCCUAAUGACUUCACAUGGAAUGCGUUGAUAUCAGGCUAUGCUAGGGUGGGAGACAUCAGUGGUGCAGUUGCUCUUUUUGAUAGAAUGGUUGGAGAAGGUUUGGUUCCUGAUUUGAUUACAUGGAAUGCUAUUAUUUCAGGUUUUGCUCAAGGGCAGCAACCUGUUGAAGCAUUCAAGUGGUUUCAAGACAUAUUGAUGUGUGGGAUUAAACCAGAUCAGGUUACCAUAACAGGAUUGCUUCCAGCUUGUGGAUUGACUGGAUCAAUUCAAAAAGGUAUAGAGAUUCAUGGUUAUAUAUAUAGGGUGGCGCUUUAUAAGAACGUGUUUAUUGCUAGUGCUCUUAUUGACAUGUACUCAAAAUGUGGCAGUGUGAAAGAUGCUGAGAAUGUGUUUGAAAAGAUGCCCAUCAAGACUUCUGCAUCAUGGAAUGCCUUGAUUGGAUGCUAUGGGAAACAUGGCAUGAUUGAUUCCGCAAUAAUGCUGUUUGAAAGGAUGCAGGAAGAGGGAAUACAGGCUAGUGGUUUGACCUUAACUUCUGUUCUGUCUGCAUGCAGUCACAGUGGUUCUGUUGAGAAAGGUUUAAAGAUAUUUAGGUCCAUGGAAAAAAGUUACGGGAUUGAAGAACAUUAUGCUUGCAUAAUUGAUAUGUUAUGCCGAGCAGGAAGGAUGGAAGAAGCUUAUGAAUUAAUAAAAGAGAUGCCAUUUGAAGUUACUGAGUCAAUUGCCUGUGCCUUCUUCCAUGGAUGUAAGAUCCAUGGUAGAAAAGAUAUGGCUAAAUUGAUGGGUGAAAAAAUUCUGAAAAUGGAAUUAAGAAAACCAGGAGGUUUUGUUACCCUAUCAAAUAUUUUUGCUGCUGAUGGUGAAUGGGAAGAGGUUGAGAAUCUAAGGAAGAUAAUGAAGGAGAAGAGAAUCCAGAAAGUGCCAGGCUUUAGCUGGCUUGAGAAGAAAGAUGAUUUGGCUGGGCCAAAGGUAGAAGAGGAAAGCAACAGAAAGAGAGGUGACACAUACUAAUCAUUGCCAGUUAAUAUGGGGACGAGUUUCAAAAGACACUAUACCUGUCAUAAUCAUAUUAGUCAUCAUCGUGACACUUGUGCUUAAUUUGGGGAAAUGCUUAAUAUGCGGUACCACUGGAGAGCACCUGAAGCCAGGAAGGUAUGCAUUACAUGCUUAUACUAUUUUCUUGAUUAUGCAUGUGAAACCAUAUUUUCCCUUGAGACUUGUCUUUUCAUUACAUAUGUUAAGUUUUUGGAUGCUAUAUUCAGUCUUGUGUAUUCAAUACAAAACUAACAGCAUU